AACCAUGUCACACAGGGGAUAUAACUUUCAUUCCGUCGGACUUGAUCUGAUCAUACACGUGCACAGGCCCGGACUUCGCGACAUUAUUUGAUGUGUCAUUUGCGGACGUGGACUUAUCUGUUCAAAAGAGGUAUAUCGUGGACGGAUUUUUUCCCGAAGGCUUACGUGUAGGACGAUAAUGAGUAAUAAUUUCCGCUUUCGUUAACAAUUUCCGUUCCCUUUUCUGUCCCGACUUACUCUCUCCUGAUCUUCGUACAAGGACUGAUGUUUCAGUUGGAGGUGUACAUUCAAGGAUCCUUCUCCAUUAAAGACAGUACUAACGUAAGGAAUCUAACAUAACAUGGGGAAAAUGAACCUAAAACUGACCUUGAUUGCAAUGACAACUGUGUAUCAAAUUGCAGCAAACCAGUGGAACGCCCCACUGCUGACGAAGAAUGUAACCGGGGGGCAAUCCGUGUCAAUGACUUGCCGAGACCCCCCAAAAGGGAGAUUAAGCUGGUAUAAAAUAGAUGAAGCCGGAACCAGUCAAAUCUCAAAUGAUAGAAGAAAACAAACAGAUCAAAAGGGUACACUUCACUUUGUAUACGUGGAAGUAACGGACACUGGCAAGUAUAAAUGCGGAAGCUCCAUCGGCAGCUCCAUAAAUCUCGGUAGCCCGGUCCAGUUGAACGUCAAAGAAGGUGAAACCAACAGCAAUGUACCAGUUAAGCUCUUGCGGUCUACCGGAAACACGUCUGCCAACCUGGGAGAAGACGUGACACUAGAAUGUAUCUUCGGCGGCAGGCCAAUCCCAACUGUUUCCUGGUUCCACCAGAAUAGAAAGCUGAGCAACAGCGACAGUUUGACCAUAUCAAAUAGCUCAAUUACAAUUAAACAGGUGUCUAAGACAGACACAGGUAUAUAUAGCUGUUCCGGAAAUAACAAUGAUGGAGAAGAGUCUGCAACUAUGAAUUUGAAUGUCAUAGAUCCAAAUGAAGUACCACCUUCGACCAGAGGUCACCGGGAAACAAAGCUGACAACGCUAGCUGUAGGGAAGACAGACAUAGGAACUGCGAAACCGAAUCCAGCGAUCGAAGCGGGGUCGGCUGGUAGUGGCACGGUAUCUGCCACAGGUGUGGUCGUCGUUGUCGCUGCAACGCUUUGGCUCCUCUGAUAUGAUCCAUGCUUAAAAUGAGUCCUUUGGGCUCGUUGAGGUACCACGACAACUCCCGCGGUUGUAUAAAAGAAGAAUGAACAAUAUAAUGUGGGUUCGCCUUGUAGAUUGCA